UGCUUAUGCUCGAGCAGAUCAUCUACGAGUCAGCGGGGAGGAAAGAGUGUGCGUCGUCCUCCAGCUGGGUAACAUCAGGAUGUCUGUGGAAAAAAUGGAUAAAAAGAAAACUCUCGACUUGAGGAAGAAGCACAUUGGGCCAUCUUGCAAGAUUUUCUUCAGCCAUGACCCGAUCAAGAUUGUGCAAGCCAAAGGCCAGUACAUGUAUGACGAAAAUGGACAGCGCUACCUGGAUUGCAUCAACAAUGUGGCCCAUGUGGGCCACAGUCACCCAGAUGUGGUGAAAGCAGGAGCUCAGCAGAUGGAACUACUGAACACCAACUCACGUUUCUUGCACGACAACCUUGUGCUGUAUGCCCAGAGGCUGCAAGCCACACUGCCUAACAAGCUGUCUGUGUGCUACUUUGUCAACUCUGGAUCUGAAGCCAACGACCUGGCCCUUCGUCUAGUACGUCAGUACAGAGGCCACAAAGAUAUCAUCACCCUCGAAAACGCGUACCACGGCCACGUCUCAUCGCUCAUUGACAUUAGUCCGUAUAAGUUCCACCAGCUGUCAGAUGCUGAGCAGAAUCAAUCUGUCCAUGUGGCCCCGAGCCCAGAUGUAUACAGAGGUAAAUACAGAGCGAACCACCCUGAUCCUGCAACAGCAUAUGCAGAUGACGUCAAAGGCAUCAUAGACAAAGCCCAUGAGAAAGGAGGCAAGAUUGCUGCUUUUAUUGCCGAGUCAUUGCAGAGUUGUGGUGGGCAAGUCAUUCCCCCUGUGGGCUACUUCCAACAAGUGGCAAAACAUGUCCGUAAGGCUGGGGGCCUUUUCAUCGCUGAUGAAGUCCAAGUGGGUUUCGGGCGUGUUGGCUCCAAAUUCUGGGCCUUCCAGCUUCAGGGAGAAGACUUCGUGCCUGACAUUGUCACAAUGGGAAAGCCAAUUGGCAACGGCCACCCCAUGUCAUGUGUGGUCACUACCAAAGAGGUGGCAGAGGCCUUCAUGACAUCUGGAAUGGAGUAUUUCAACACAUUUGGUGGUAACCCAGUGUCGUGUGCCAUCGGUCUAGCCGUCCUAGACGUGAUUGAGAAAGAAGAUCUCCAGGGUAAUGCACUGCGUGUGGGGGGAUACCUGACCAAUCUGCUGGAAAAGCAGAAAGAGAAGCAUGCACUGGUCGGAGAUAUCAGGGGUUGUGGUCUGUUUGUUGGGAUGGAGCUUGUGAGGGACAGGUUGAAGCUCACUCCUGCUACAGCAGAGGCCCAGGAAGUCAUAUAUAAGCUAAAGGAACAACACAUCCUCCUUAGUGCUGACGGACCUCAUCGCAACGUGCUCAAAUUUAAGCCCCCAAUGUGCUUCAGUACGGAGGACGCGGACCUGGUGGUGGAGAAAAUCGACCACAUUCUCACAGAAAUUGAAGCAGCAUUAGGCUUGAAGUCUUCCAACUUAUUGAGUGUAGAGAACGACAGCGGUAAAAGAAAGCUGCCCACUGAUGAAAAUGGACAUCAGUCUCAAAAUGGGUCCGUGCACAGCAGAGGGAGCGGUCAACGAGCCCAUGAGCAAACCAAACAAAGCAAACGCCCCAGGUCUUAACAGUCAAAGCACUGAAGUGACCCAACAUAUUCUGUCUAUGUGAUAACAGACACUAUAAACUUUAUAGGUG